CACACAGCUCUCUCUCUCUCUCUCUCUCUCUGGUAGAUGGAUAGAAACAGGGCACAGAGGGCUUUGUUUGGGCGAAUGAUGAGAAUGGAACUAAACCCAGAAAGGGUGAGGAAGACGAUGGCAUUUUGGCUAUGGCUGGAAUCGGAAUUGGGAAUUGAGAACGCAUCGACGGUGAGAAAGCUAUCUUCCUGCGACGAUUACCUUCUGGGUCUGAUUUUCAUGGAAGCAGAGGAGGCCAUGGCUGCUCUGCAGCUAUCUAAUUCAAGGACAGUGCCCAUUCGGAUUCCCUUCACUUUUCAACUCCUCUCUCUCCCGGAUCAACGCGAACUGUUAUUAGCUGACAGGGUAAGAGCCUCAAAGGCCAUAUCAGGACCAUUCUACGAAAUCCACGGCAUUAAUCCAAAAGGGAUUAAUGGGUUUGCAGGGUUUAUAAUGGAGAAGUGGGGCGACGGCAUGUUAUUAGCGCCGCCGACGCCCGCGAACGGGGAGAAAUUGGCACCCAAUGCGGCGGCGGCGGGUGCAGUGCGGCCGCCCAUGAGGAGUUCUUCGAAAUUGGACCCGGGUGCGAAGGAAUGGGAUUUUUGGCGCGGGAGGGCACCGGAGCAAGAUCGGUGCUUGUUCUUGACGUUCUCUAAUGGAUACCCUCUGGAUGAAUUGGAUAUCAUCCGCUUUUUCAACCAGAAAUAUGGGGGAUGCGUGGAGAGAGUUUACGUGCAUCGGCCGGCGCUGUUCGGAAAAGUGGUGUUCACCAACUCCGUCCUGCCCCUUCUGGUUCUCAACGGCCACGACAAUGCCAAAUUCAUUAUCAAUGGACGAACCGUGUGGUGCAAAAAAUUCCAACUUCACAAAAACCAUCAUAAUAAUAAUGAUAAUAACAAUACGAAGCUUUUCAAUAAUGGAGAUCAUCACAUCAAAUCAUGAUCUGUGCUCUUAUAAGUGUACUAUUUAAUUAAAAUCAUAUUAAUAUAUGAAUCAAACUGAAAAUUUAAUUAAUUUUAUAUAUUUGUUUAUAUAAAUUUGUUCAAGUUUUACUUUUAACCGUUAGUAAAAUAAUAGUUGUUUGUCAUACAUUCAUAUAUUAAAGAGUAGUUGUAUCCUUCAAUAAUAAGGAGAAAAUAUUAAGUAAAUCGAGUUGA